CUAAUUCUGAAUCAAUUUAAAUAAAAAAAUUUUAUUUAAUUAAAAUAGUUGGAAUGUAAUAUAAUUCGAAUCCGUAUGCCAUGCUACUUGACAUUUAUGAGUUAUAAUGGGUGAAAAAAAAUACAGUAAAUCAAUUGCUAUCACCUCUUAUAAAUUUCUAAAAAAAAUUAUAAACUAAAGAUUUUUAUUAUCUCAUAGUGUAAUAACAAAUCCAUGGGAAUAUGCUUAACAACCUUAGUUGAAAUUUCCUCCAAUUCUAUAAUUAAGCGCUAAGAAAAGGAUUGAAAAAAUGAAAAAAGUAUAAGAAAACUGCCAUAUUCCCAAAGAAGACAGAGGAAAUGAGAAUCACGUGAGCACAACUGGCCCGGCCCCUGCCACAAGGAAAAAAAAAGGAGUUCCAUAAUUGCGGAAUUUAAAGGUUAAAAACAAAAGCAUAUUAACAUUCGAAAGUAUCUGUUUUUAUCUCUGACAGCCUCUUCUUCCUUCAAUCCCUGUCCCUGUGGUAGAUAGAGAGAGGAAAGGAAAGGAAAGUCAUAAGGUAAAAGCAAAAACAAAACCCAGAACUCAGAUUUUUUAAUCUCUGUAUCUGAUUCUGACUCGAGGAUCUCAAAGCCCACAAAAGGAACGAGCAAUUUGGAAGGUGUAGAGCUGUGGGGGGGCCAAUACGUGUUAUCUCAUUGUCAGGACGUUGGCACCACUACUCUUUCUUCUACCUUAAAUAAUCUCGCACGUGUAUAUUCCCAAUUUGUAAUAACUCUUUCUCUCUCCGUUAGCUUCUUUUUUUUUUUCACCUGCUUUUUCUUUGAUUGGAACAACCCGUUUUCCCUUUUCCUUUUCUUCUUUCAAUCUGCUGUAAUGUUGUUUCUUUGAUUGAUUUUGAUCUUAGACGAAAACCCAUUAAGAAGACAUGGAAUUUAUCUCAUUUUUUUUUAUGUACUAAGCCUGUUGCUUUUGAAUUUUGACUCUAUUUUUCCUUCUUUUUGACCUCCUCUCUCCUUCAACAGUCUGCAUCUUUUGUCUUAUUUCUCCCACUAAUUCGAGUCAAAUUUUUGGAUCCUUUCUUUGAUUGAUUCUUUGGGUAUAUUAUUAUUACUUUCCCUCAAGAAAAAAAAAGGUCCUCUUUUUUGUUCUUCGUUUCCAAUUUUAUAAAACAGAUCUCUUUCUUUCCAAACCUCCAUGCUUGGGACAACAUUCACAUAAACAGAGGUGAAAUUUGCUAAGGUAAUUAAAAACGUUGUCGUUUUGUUGUUUUUAUGUCUGGGGCAGCAGGGCAGGGUGUGGAGCAUGUAGGCUUGCCUAAAAUGGAGGCAAAAUCCAGACCCGGAUGUUGCAACCCGGUCAAACAAUCCGGACCUGUCUCAAUGGAUCAUGUUCUUUUAGCAUUAAGGGAGACCAAGGAAGAAAGGGAUUUAAGGAUUCGGAGUUUGUUCAAUUUUUUUGAUGCAGCCAAUGUGGGAUUCUUGGAUUAUGCUCAGAUCGAAAAGGGUCUCUCAGCUUUGCAGAUUCCGGCUGAGUAUAAGUACGCCAACGAUCUGUUGAAAGUUUGUGAUGCUAACAGAGAUGGGCGUGUGGAUUAUCAAGAGUUCAAGAGGUAUAUGGAUGAUAAGGAGCUUGAACUUUAUAGGAUUUUUCAAGCUAUUGAUGUGGAACAUAAUGGAUGCAUUUUGCCUGAGGAGCUUUGGGAUGCGCUUGUUAAGGCUGGGAUUCAAAUUGAUGAUGAGGAGCUUGCUCGAUUUGUAGAGCAUGUUGAUAAGGACAAUAAUGGAAUCAUAACAUUUGAAGAAUGGAGAGAUUUCCUUCUACUCUAUCCUCAUGAAGCUACUAUUGAGAACAUCUAUCAUCAUUGGGAAAGGGUUUGCCAUGUAGAUAUUGGAGAGCAUGCUGUUAUUCCGCAAGGCAUCAGUAAACAUGUUAAGAGAAGCCAAUAUUUUAUUGCAGGAGGAAUAGCAGGAGCAGCUUCUCGCACUGCAACUGCUCCUCUCGAUCGCUUGAAGGUGGUUUUGCAAGUGCAGACUACACGUGCUAGUAUUCUGCCAGCUGUAAAGAAGAUAUGGAAGGAAGAUGGUGUUUUGGGGUUUUUCCGAGGUAAUGGGUUAAAUGUUAUGAAGGUUGCACCUGAAAGUGCUAUCAAGUUCUAUGCAUAUGAAAUGCUAAAAAAUGUAAUAGGAGACAGUAUGGGGGAUAAGAAGGGUGAUAUAGGUGCCAGUGGGAGACUUAUUGCCGGUGGCGUAGCAGGUGCAGUGGCACAAUCUGUUAUCUACCCAAUGGAUCUUGUAAAAACUCGGUUACAGACUUGUGCUUCUGAAGGUGGGAGGGCUCCAAAUCUGGGGAAACUAACCAAGGAUAUAUGGGUUCAGGAGGGACCUCGAGCAUUUUAUAAAGGUCUUGUGCCAUCUCUUCUUGGGAUUAUCCCAUAUGCUGGCAUUGACCUUGCUGUCUAUGAGACCUUGAAAGAUUUUUCAAGGACAUAUAUUCUUCAAGAUACUGAACCUGGUCCUCUUCUGCAACUAGGCUGUGGAACAAUUUCUGGAGGUUUAGGGGCAACAUGCGUUUAUCCUUUGCAGGUUAUUAGAACGAGAAUGCAAGCUCAACGUACUACUUCUGAUGCUGCAUAUAAGGGAAUGUCUGAUGUAUUUUGGAGAACCUUUCAGAAUGAAGGUUAUAGAGGUUUCUAUAAGGGACUCUUUCCUAAUCUUCUCAAGGUUGUCCCAGCUGCAAGCAUUACGUAUUUGGUUUAUGAGGCUAUGAAAAAGAGUCUAGAUUUGGGCUAGAGAAGUUCUGUAGUCAGGUCUAGUGGCCUCACAUUUAUUCCUGAAAAGGAAAGUAGAGUUGAUGACGAAUAUAACGAUAAUAAGAUAAUUAAACAAGUAGCAUGAUUAUUUCAGUUAUAUAAUAGGUGAUAAUUCCCCUUCAGAGAAUGGGGAGCAUAGUUUUGCAGUAAAAAUAUUUUUUUCCACAGGCUUAUCUGAACAAAAUGUUGAGAAUUGGGUUUAUAAUAUGACAUAAUGAUGUCAUUAUGCUAUUCAUUUUUUCUUCUUUUGCCUGUCUUUCUUGUUCAUAAUGUCUUUUGAGUCAGAUAUAAGAGAUGAAGGAUUUCUCAUAGAUGCUGAUUUACUAAAGUUAUAGGUUAUAAAAAAGAUUGAUCUGCAUUUGAUAUAUAUUCUGUUUAUGGUGAAAGUGCUCAGUAACUGAGGACUAAGUAAUGGUUCUUUGUUAAGGGCAAUGCUUUUUAUUAAUGGGAUUGUUGAUAAUAUGAAGACAAGAUACAUGGAGAACUUUACAGGAUUCUGUUGAUUGUGCUGAAGUGUCAAAUACAACAUGCCCAUAUGUUUUGACUUCUGCAUUUACCUGUUUGUGCAGUAGCAAACAUUA